AUGGCUACUCCAUCUUCACCUUCUGCUAAUGCUAACCCCAGUCCCAGUCCGCCAUCGCCACCACAGUCACCAUCGAGCACCCCACCACCGCUACAAUCGCCUCCACCAUCUUCACCACCACUACCCCAAAACCAAACACCCUCCCUCAUUCCGCCGACACCACUCACACCACAAAAUGAAGUCACUAUUGAGACACCCAUCCUAGCCCCUGCCAUAGAAGCCGCAAUUGAAACACCUAUUAUCAAAACCCAUAUUCAAGAACCGAUGCCUGAACCUGUGCUAACUCAAGCCAAACCUAAAACUAAAACCAAAAUGACUGCAGGUAAAACCAAGAAAGCCUCUGUUGUAAAAAGAAAAGGGAACCCCUCUAUUUCUUUGGGCUUCGACUCUUCACCCAGGGUCUCUUCCAAACCAGUUAGUAAAAAAACUAGGUCAUCAUCGCCAAUUUCAUCACCAGUGGCUCCACUACCUAUAUUUCAGUCACCCUUAGCCUCUCCCCAGCCUGCCAGUGCUCUAGCAGCACCUUCAACAUCUGUCGAUGACAUAGAAGAGGCACCUUUUCCAUUACCUUAG